UUUUCCUACAUUGAUCCAAAAAUUUACAGGAGAACAGAUGAUGCCAUUACAUUCUGUCAAGUGAGCUCUCUUUAGAAAGAUCUGAUUGAGUAAGGAACGUUUAGAGAGCAAAAAUGUUGCUGAUCUCAUGCAUGAAAAUCUUUCUCUUUAGAGUAGGUACUAAACUACAGGAUACUACUAAAAUAUAGCCUUUGUAUUUGAGGACCUGACACUUCAGGGAGGUGUCCUGGAAGAACAUUGUCUCAUGGGAAUCGUAUUUUGUUUUAGUCUUGCCCAGUCCAAAGGGUCAGUCCUGGUGGUGGUGUGACCACAGGAAUGGUUUUGGAACCAGAUGUUUUCAAAUAUGUUUGUACCAGCUAAUAAAUCAUGUGGUCACUUUAUUGCUCUUCUAAAGAGCCAGCAAACAGGACAGUGUCAUGGAAAGGACCAUCUUUUUUUUGCCAAGCAGCUAGAGGAAGCAAGGUUCUAUGAAUUUCUUUGCCAGCGUACAAGCAAUGUUUCUGACCUUGUUUGUCACAUCCUUCUAGCUGUAGGGAGGUCCCUGUUGCCUGUGUCAGGUGAAGGAGCUAGAGCUGAGAUCCCGCAAAACCAACUGACAGCUGUAUUUCUGAGAGGACCACUGCUUUAUGCAGGCAAACUGAAAGCAGAGUCCCCAAGAUGCAAAAGCUUUUUCAGAAAGGCAGUGGCUUUCCAGACAGAACAAAAUGAGAAGUUUAACGUGAAUAAAGCAUGUGGGAUUCAACUAGCUCAUUUAGCCAAAUGAAGCUCCGUGGUUUUUAAAGUCAUUGACAGAACUGCUGGUAAUCUUCAAGGUUACUCUCCUUUGCUGUCACUGAACACUCUGAAAGCACCUUGGACACAUUUGUAAGAUCCCAGAGGUGUGUGUAUCAGCUGCUACAAGACUGAGGGGUAGCGCUCUCUCAGUGCAAUGUCUAGCUAAUGCCGCUGCCUCUUGUUAAGACUCGGGUGUCAUUUCCUGGUCCGUCUGGAAAAAGAACAGUGACAGCAUGAUGAACUCACUGGGUACCGCUAGUUUUCCACAUACAAAUUGCGCCGUACUGCCCAGGAGCAUUAAUUUGUUGUGGUUCGAUCAUAAAUUACCACACAAUUUGAAAGGGAGUGCGUUCUCUCGGUUCUGACGUGCAUCGGACACAUUCACUUGGCUGUAGCACCGCUGCAGCCAGCACCGUUUCACUCCAGCGCACGAAAUCCGCACCGCGGCUCCUUAAUGGCAGAAAACUGAGUCACCGUCCCAGGGAAGCCCAGAGGGGCACUCGCCCUCCAGCGGGGCACAGCCUCCCGCUCACCCCAACGCGCUGUCCGGGCCGCGCUCCGAGGGCCGGCGAUGCAAAUCGCCUCAGGGCGGCGCGCGGCCUUCCGCGCCCCGCGCAGCCGCACGCAGGCGCGCGGGCCGCCGCCUAGUUUGUCCCUGGCGAGGCGCCGUAGGCUGCCCGCUCCGCGGGGAGGGGAGGGGGGCUCCGCGGCGUGAGGGGAUCCCAGGCCGCAGCCGCACCGCUUCACCCCGCCGAGCCCGAUGUGAGCCGCCCCGCGCCGGGGCCAGGAGCGGGGCCAUGAAGAAGGACGUGAGGAUCCUACUGGUGGGAGAACCCAGAGUUGGGAAGACAUCACUGAUUAUGUCUCUUGUCAGUGAAGAAUUUCCAGAAGAGGUUCCACCACGAGCUGAAGAAAUCACCAUUCCAGCUGAUGUCACCCCUGAAAGAGUGCCAACCCACAUAGUGGAUUAUUCAGAAGCAGAGCAAAGUGAUGAGCAGCUUUACCAUGAAAUAUCACAGGCAAAUGUGAUUUGUAUAGUAUAUGCUGUUAACAACAAGAAUUCUAUUGAUAAGGUAACAAGUCGAUGGAUUCCUCUCAUCAAUGAAAGGACAGACAAAGAUAGCAGGCUGCCUCUUAUAUUAGUUGGAAACAAGUCUGAUCUAGUGGAAUAUAGCAGUAUGGAAACUAUCCUUCCCAUUAUGAAUCAAUAUACAGAGAUAGAAACAUGUGUAGAGUGUUCAGCUAAAAACUUGAAGAAUAUAUCUGAGCUAUUUUAUUAUGCCCAGAAAGCUGUUCUGCAUCCUACAGGUCCUCUUUAUUGCCCAGAGGAGAAAGAGAUGAAGCCUGCCUGUAUUAAAGCACUCACUCGCAUUUUUAGAAUUUCUGAUCAGGAUAAUGAUGGUACUCUCAAUGAUGCAGAGCUCAAUUUCUUUCAGAGAAUUUGUUUUAAUACACCACUGGCACCUCAAGCUUUGGAAGAUGUAAAAAAUGUAGUCAGGAAAAACCUAAGUGAUGGAGUUGCAGAUAACGGAUUAACAUUAAAAGGUUUUCUUUUUCUACACACACUUUUCAUUCAGCGAGGAAGGCAUGAAACAACUUGGACUGUUUUACGUCGAUUUGGAUAUGAUGAUGACUUAGAGCUUACACCAGAGUACUUGUUUCCUCCGCUAAAAAUUCCUUCAGACUGUACAACAGAAUUAAAUCAUCAUGCAUAUUUGUUUCUUCAAAGUAUUUUUGAUAAACAUGAUUUGGAUAGAGAUUGUGCUUUGUCUCCUGAUGAAUUGAAAGAUUUGUUCAAAGUCUUCCCUUAUAUGCCAUGGGGACCUGAUGUUAACAACACUGUUUGUACAAAUGAAAGGGGAUGGAUUACAUACCAAGGGUUUCUCUCUCAGUGGACACUAACCACAUACUUAGAUGUUCAGCGUUGCCUGGAGUACCUGGGUUAUUUAGGCUACUCGAUACUUGCAGAACAAGAAUCUCAAGCAUCAGCAAUUACAGUAACAAGAGAUAAAAAAAUAGACCUCCAGAAAAAACAGACUCAGAGGAAUGUUUUCCGAUGCAAUGUUGUUGGAAUGAAAGGCUGUGGGAAAAGUGGGGUUCUUCAGGCUCUUCUUGGAAGAAAUCUAAUAAGGCAGAGGCAAAUACGUGCAGAACACAAAUCUUACUAUGCCAUUAAUACAGUCUAUGUAUAUGGACAGGAGAAAUACUUGCUGCUACAUGAUGUCAGUGACUCUGAAUUUUUAACUGAUGCAGAGACCAUAUGCGAUGCUGUCUGCCUGGUAUAUGAUGUCAGUAACCCUAAGUCCUUUGAGUACUGUGCCAGGAUUUUUAAGCAGCACUUCAUGGAUAGCAGAAUACCAUGCUUAGUGGUAGCUGCAAAGUCUGACUUGCAUGAAGUUAGACAGGAAUAUAGUAUUUCUCCUGCUGAAUUCUGCAAAAAACACAAAAUGCCUCCACCUCAAGCCUUUACUUGCAAUACAGUUGAUGUGCCGAGUAAGGAUAUCUUUGUUAAACUGACAACUAUGGCAAUGUAUCCCCAUGCCCGGUUACGCUGUAUGUGCGCCUGCAACAGGUGUACAUUUUGCAUCUGUCAGAACUUCCUCAACUCAGACUUGCUGCAAUCUGUAAAGAACAAACUCUUCACUGCAGUUCUUAACAGGUUAAGACCCUACAUAGAUGAGUUGGGGGCCAUGCUGUUAGCAGACGAGGAGAGCAGUAUUAUGCAGCAGGUGCACGCCGUCAACUUUGUAGAAGAUUCCAUCUUCAUGGAGUCAUCUCUUGGUCCACGUUUACUUGAAGACAGGCAUGUGACACAAGCAGACCUCAAGAGCUCUACGUUUUGGCUCCGAGCAAGUUUUGGUGCUACUGUCUUCGCAGUUUUGGGUUUUGCUAUGUACAAAGCAUUAUUAAAGCAACGAUGAUCUCGGAAGAAGCACAUCUGGCCCUACCAAAUAAAAAAAAAAAAAACACUUUUAUGUACAUUCUGGAUGCUUUAAAUUCUGCUAGAAAUAUUUAUAUAUGCAGAGUUACUUUAUUAAUAUUUGUAAUUCAUGCAUAAGAUUAUUUUAAAUUAUAGCUCUAACUACAGUAUUGCAUAAUGUGUGGAAAAAAGAAUUGCAUCUUAACAGCCAGCUAAAAUGGCUUAACUUCUGAGGCCAAAAGGGAAUUCGUUGUAAAUAACCUGUACAUAUUAAAGCAGUAAGACAUUGCUUCCCAAAAAGCUAUUCAAAAUCCUGUUCUUGGAUGUUUCACCACGGUGACAUACUAGUGUAUAGUUGAAAUUAAUUUUCAGUAGAGUAGGUUCAACUCAAGGAUCAUACUUCGUCAAGGAUUGCUUAUUUAUUUCACAUUCAUCUGAAGUGACUUCAUCUUUUUGGACUAUAAGCUGUAGCAGGCAGAAUUUGUGAUUUUCAUUAUCUGUUUUUUUAGCUGAUCAUCAAAUUUCCCCACUAACUCUGUAUUUCAAUAAAAAGUCACUGUUGCUGUCCUGGCCUAUGAUUUUCUAUGUUACAUGAACAGUGACAUAUUUAGCAGUCCAAUUUUUCUUUUAAAAGGAAAAACAUAAACUUCAAAAACUGCCAUAUCAACUUCAUAUGCUGUGUAACUCGUGGUUUUCAUUUUCCACUAUGUUGCGUUUUAUAACCCUUAUGAAUCAGAUGAGCAAAUUUGUAUAUUAUAAAUGUUUAUAAUUCAAAAAGUGUUGCUGUUUAAUUUCUCACAUAUGUCAAUCAUACCUGUUAAAAGCUGUGUAUAAGAUAAAACUAAAAUAGUACACAGUGCCUAUUCUGCUGUAGUAUAUUAGUUGCAUGGAUCACAGUGCAUUCUGUAACUGGCUAGAAUUACCAAUAGACACAGCUUUUUUAAUGAUCAAGUAAAUCAAACAUUAAUUCCUCAUGACAAACUUAUUUUUCCAUUGCUGGCCUUUUCAGGUAUUUCAAUAAAAUAACUGUGUACUGCG